CGUUCGUCGAUGCGCCCCUUUACACACGAUGACAUUGGGGCUAUUAAAGAGCGGCCACCUACCUGACACCUACUCUCAUCGCACCUUUCUGCAUCCCCACCAUGGACAACUACGACAACAACAACAACGACAACAGCAGCUACGGCUCGCGCAACCAGAGCUCGAACAACUAUGGUUCGAACAACAACGACAGCUACGGCUCGUCGAACAAUAACGACGGCUACGGCUCGUUGAACAACAACAACAGCUACGGCUCGUCCAAUAACGACAGCUAUGGUUCGUCGAACAAGGACUCGUACGGGUCGUCCAACAACGACAACUACGGUUCGAACAAUAACGACUCGUAUGGCUCGUCCAACAAGGACUCUUACGGCUCGUCCAACAACGACAACUUCGGUUCUACCCGGAACAACGACACCUAUGGCUCGUCCAACAACACUGACAGCUACGGUUCGCGGAAACAGGAUUCGUCGAACACUUAUGGUUCUUCGAACAACGACAACUACGGCUCGACUAACCGGGAUACCGACAACAGCUACGGUUCUUCGAACAACGACUCGUACGGUUCUUCGAACAAUAAGACGUACGGCUCCUCGUCCAACACCGAUAGCUACGGUUCUUCGGACCGCGACAACAACUACGGGUCGUCGAACACUGACAAUUACGGCUCAUCGGGCAACGACAACUACGGCUCGAGCGGCAAGGCGUCGAUGGGCGACAAGCUCAAGGGCACGGCGGAGAAACUCGCCGGCAAGCUGAUGGGCAAUGAGUCAAUGCAGCAGCGUGGCCAGGAUCGCAAGAACAACGAGUUCGGCGGCGACAACUACGGAAGCAGCAACAACAACAACGAUUUCUAAACGGGAACUGUGAAUGGACAGUAGCAUCGAUACGAAGUAUCGCUUGUAAUUUUAUCGUGAAAUUUCGUGUAUCAGUCGAUCCUGGAUCGCGAUUUAACGAAAGAACAUCGAAAGUCUCCAUCGUCGUCGUUUCAAGAUGAGGUAGAAACCCGUACAUGUA